GUCUCCGGCAGGUGACGGCGACACGGGCGGACGCAGCGAGCGCGAUAGAUAGGUUGAUGAGUAGAGAGAGAGAAGCGAUUUUUUUUUUCCCUUUCCAAGUUUCCAUUUCGUCCCGUCUCUCAGCUCGGCCGAGAGGGAGAGAGGGAGGGCAAAUCUUCUCCCGUGUCGCGUUGCCCCCCUUUGCUUGUGCUCCGCCUGCCCCUCCGUCGCUGGCGCUGGCUCGCGGCGACGCGUCGGCCUCCCGCGGGAGAGCGGGUAAGCGGGGGGCGGGUGGUUGCGGCGGUGGUUGAAGUUUAGUAGAGGAGGAGAGUAGAGAGAGGGGGGAAGGCGGCGGGCCGCGGGUUGGAGGAGGGAGGGAGGGAGCCGGGUCGGGUCAGUGGAGUGCAGUCAGCGCCCGCGGGCCGGCGGGAUGGGGAACCGGGUCGGCGGGAGGAGGCGGCGGCCGGCGGUGGAGGAGCGGUACACGCGGCCGCAGGGGCUGUACCCGCACCCGGACAUCGACCUCAGGAAGCUGCGCCGCCUCAUCCUCGAGGCCAAGCUCGCGCCCUGCCACCCGGGCGCCGACGACCCGCGCGCCGACCUCGACGAGUGCCCCAUCUGCUUCCUGUUCUACCCCAGCCUCAACCGCUCCAAGUGCUGCGCCAAGGGGAUUUGCACGGAGUGCUUCCUCCAGAUGAAGUCGCCCACCUCGUGCCGGCCGACACAAUGCCCGUACUGCAAAACACUGAAUUACGCAGUGGAGUACCGCGGCGUGAAGACCAAGGAGGAGAAGGGCAUAGAGCAGCUUGAGGAGCAGAGGGUGAUCGAGGCGCAGAUCAGGAUGCGGCAGCAGGAGCUCCAGGAAGACGCGGAGCGGAUGAAGAACAAGCAGACUGCUGCUUCCACUGACUCAGUUGCAACCGCACAAGUUGAAAGUUGCGAUGCUGAUGGCACAUCUACAACGGUUGCAAGCAGUGAGCAAGGCAAUGAUGCUGUCUCGUCCCAAGUUCAGCACUCGGAGUUGCUAUUGAGGAAUUCUGAAGCCUUCAAACAGAUGCGAGGCAAUAAUUUUGAUAUGGAUCUUGAAGAAGUUAUGCUUAUGGAAGCAAUUUGGCUCUCUAUACAGGAUCAGGAAGCUUUGGGAAAUCCAGGAUGUGUUGCCACUACUCCACCAUCAAUUCAAAGGCCUUAUGAUGGUUCUAUGACAACAACGGCUGAAGCAGCUUCUUCUGGCGGAUUUGCCUGUGCAGUCGCAGCUUUAGCAGAACAACAGCAUAUACACGGAGAGUCUUCUAGCACACCAACUUGCCAGACAACAAGGUUUGACACCCUCAGCAGAUCAGACAGAUCCUAUACGGAGGAUCUGAGCAUAGUUGGGAGCAGUUCUUCAGACUCCAGGGUUGAGGAACCAUCAAGCAGCGGAACACACCGAACAGUAGAGGGUGCCGAGUCUUCUAAUGAUCAGUGGUCAGAGAUCGCCGAGGCCGGUACUAGUCAUGCUGGGUCGGAUGUUACAGCAGAGGCCAUUGCUGCCAAUUCAGCCGCCUCAGUUGGGUCUAGCAUCGCUUCUGGCAGUAUUCCUGAUAGCUUCGAGGAACAGAUGAUGCUGGCCAUGGCUCUUUCGUUGGUCGAUGCCCGUACGAGGGCAAAUUCUCCGGGGUUAGCUUGGCGGUAGCAUUUGUUAGUAGUCUCUCUCACAAUUUCACUCCCUUUAUUUAUUCUUCUCCGUUGCAUGAGUUUUGUCCCUAGAGUUCCUUUCAACCACAUAAAACACAGGAUUAGAUUGGGAACUAGUUGAACCUUGAAGAACUGGCAGUGGUAGUUGUGAAUAGUGGGGGUAAAUCUGCAAACCUGAAGCCAAAGGUUGCCUAAUUUUAUCUCUUCUUUUGUUUCUUGGGGGCAAGAAAUUGGAUUCUUUUAGGUCCAGUCAGACUUCUGCCUGCAAAAAUUGUGGCUGUUGAUGUUGCAGACAUUGUGUAAAUACGGAAAUUCACUCUCUUUGUUCAUGUUGCCGCCGGUGGGUUUCCUGAUUGCUUUGUAGAACAUCUUUUGCAUGUAGUGAAAUCAGGUAUAUUAAACUCCUA